GAAGGGGAAGGCUAACUUGACAGCAGCGCUUCUUUCUUAGCUGGUCACCGGCCCCUGCCCAAGAAUGCCUGUGUGCGUGUAGCCUCCGCAGAGAGGUGGCUCUCCCGAGGGGCCGCCUGAGCUUGAGAACUGGGGAGGAGUUGUUCCAGCCAUGAGCCCCUUUGGGAAUCUUUCAGGGGGCAAGUGGCCCAGAGUCCUCACGCCUUUUCAGCUGCUCCGGAGGGAGAGGUGAGCACUGGGCAGCCGGCCUGAAGCCAGAGGUGCCGGGAGCCCCGGGCCUGUCAUGGUGGCGGUCUGCAGCCAGCCUGAGGCACUCCCAGACGGGUUUGCAGCUGAGCUGGUUUAUCUGGUGUGGGAAGAAGAUGGGGAGUUACUUGUCCAUCUCGGCUUACUUCACCGCCAGAGACCCCUUUCGGUGUUCAGAAUGUCAGGAGUCCCUCACCAACUGGUACUAUGAGAAGGAUGGGAAGCUCUACUGCCACAAGGACUACUGGAGGAAGUUUGGGGAAUUCUGUCAUGGGUGCUCCCUGCUGAUGACAGGGCCUGUCAUGGUGGCCGGGGAGUUCAAGUAUCACCCAGAAUGCUUUGCCUGUAUGAGCUGCAAGGUGAUCAUUGAGGAUGGGGAUGCAUAUGCCCUGGUGCAGCACACCACCCUCUACUGUGGGAAGUGCCACAAUGAGGUGGUGCUGGCACCCAUGUUUGAGAGGCUCUCCACGGAGUCUGUUCAGGACCAGCUGCCCUACUCCGUCACACACAUGUCCAUGCCAGCCACCACUGAGGGCAGGCGGGGCUUCUCUGUGUCCGUGGAGAGUGCGUGCUCCAACUAUGCCACCACCGUGCAAGUGAAAGAGGUCAACCGGAUGCACAUCAGUCCCAACAACCGCAAUGCCAUCCACCCCGGGGACCGCAUCCUGGAGAUCAAUGGUGCCCCUGUUCGCACACUCCGAGUGGAAGAGGUAGAGGAUGCAAUUAGCCAGACGAGCCAGGCCCUUCAGCUCCUGAUUGAACAUGACCCCGUCUCCCAGCGCCUGGACCAGCUGCGGCUAGAUGCACGGCUCUCUCCUCACAUGCAGAAUGCUGGACAUUCUCACACCCUCAGCCCCCUGGACACCAAGGAGAAUCUGGAAGGGACACUGAGGAGACGUUCCCUUAGGCGCAGUAACAGCAUUUCCAAGUCCCCUGGCCCCAGCUCCCCGAAGGAACCCCUGCUCUUUAGCCGUGACAUCAGCCGUUCAGAAUCCCUUCGCUGUUCUAGCAGCUACUCCCAGCAGAUCUUCCGGCCGUGUGACCUGAUCCACGGGGAGGUCCUGGGGAAGGGCUUCUUUGGGCAGGCCAUCAAGGUAACACACAAAGCCACGGGCAAAGUGAUGGUCAUGAAGGAGUUAAUUCGGUGUGAUGAGGAAACACAGAAGACUUUUCUGACUGAGGUGAAGGUGAUGCGCAGCCUGGACCACCCCAAUGUGCUCAAGUUCAUUGGCGUGCUGUACAAGGACAAGAAGCUGAACCUGCUGACAGAGUACAUUGAGGGGGGCACAUUGAAGGACUUUGUGCGCAGUGUGGACCCGUUGCCCUGGCAGCAGAAGGUCAGGUUUGCCAAAGGCAUCGCUUCUGGAAUGGCCUAUCUGCAUUCCAUGUGCAUCAUCCACCGGGACCUGAACUCACACAACUGCCUCAUCAAGCUGGACAAGACUGUGGUGGUGGCAGACUUUGGGCUGUCACGGCUCAUAGUAGAGGAGAGGAAAAAGCCCCCAGUGGAGAAGGCCACCACCAAGAAACGUACCCUGCGCAAAAAUGACCGCAAGAAGCGCUACACAGUGGUGGGAAACCCCUACUGGAUGGCCCCUGAGAUGCUGAACGGAAAGAGCUACGAUGAGACGGUGGAUGUCUUCUCUUUCGGGAUCGUUCUCUGCGAGAUCAUCGGGCAGGUGUAUGCAGAUCCUGAUUGCCUGCCCCGAACACUGGACUUUGGCCUCAACGUGAAGCUUUUCUGGGAGAAGUUUGUCCCUACAGACUGCCCCCCAGCUUUCUUCCCCCUGGCCACUAUCUGCUGCAAACUGGAGCCCGAGAGCAGGCCAGCAUUCUCAAAACUGGAGGACUCCUUUGAGGCCCUCUCUCUGUACCUGGGGGAGCUGGGCAUCCCACUGCCUGCAGAGCUGGAGGAGCUGGACCACACUGUGAGCAUGCAGUAUGGCCUGACACGGGACUCGCCCCCCUAGCCCUGGCCCAACCCCCUGCUGUGGGCAGGGCCCUCCUGGCUUCCUGUGGAUUGGCACCUUGUUUAGAAGCAGAACAAGCCAUCCCUACUACCUCCCCAGGAGGCGAGCGGGCGCAGCACCAGGGAAAUGCAUCUCCACAUGUUUUGGGACCUGGUUACUGUCUGUAAAUCCAACACUCGCCUGAAAGCUGUGAAGAAGAAGAAGGAAAAAAAAAGCCUGGCUUCUGAGCCAGGAGGAAUCUGUUACUCGUGACCACUCCGGAACUCCCUGGGAUUCUGGGAUUCCGGGCUAGUCAGUGUGAUCUGGACCUGCUGGGCAAGAUUCCAGGGUGAACCUGCCCCUAGGCUCUGAAGUGUCUGGUCCAGCUGAGGACGGGAGGACUUGGAGUGGUAGUGUGGCUGAGAGAGAGACUGGUGGCCAGGCCGCAAUCCAAGGAUGUGAAAUGACAGUGGUGCUACCCUCCUUCCACUCCAUGCGCUGCCCUCCCCUGGGCGGGGUCUAGGAAAUAGGUUUUGAAGAGUCCUUUAACUUGUGGUGGAGCUGGCCAGGAGUCAGGGGAAGGGCUGGUUUCGGUUCACUUCCCAGUCCCAGUGUCGGGGGCAGUGUGUAUCUUGUGUUCUCCAGCUAUACUGCUGGAGACGAGCUGAGAAUUCCUAGGUUGGCAUCUUUUCUGCCCACAACAAGAAGUCACCCACAGUGCAGGAGGAGGCUGGGGACUGGAAAGAGACCCUGCCCUCUAGAAAGCCCAUACUCUGGCUGCUGUCGCUCAUACCCCGGUGGGCACCUUAGUCAGAAGCUUGAGACACUUUGCCUAGACCUAGAUGAGCUCUGGAGGAUGGUAUGGCUUGUUGCAGGCCCAGUGUAUAAGGCUAGGGGAGUGGGACUCUCAGCAGUCUCUUGGCCUUGGGGCAGCUACUCCUCACCCUUCCCCAUCCCUGGUCCAGGCACCAACUUGGGUGGGAAGAGGUGGUGGCAAGAGUCCCAGAGCUUAGAUGCUGGGAGAGACACCUCCCUGAGCUGGGGGCCGUCUGGCUUCUACUUCACCUGCCGGCUGGCCCACAUCACUAGCUCCUGGCUGCAGCCUCCUGAGCCACAGCCAUGGGUGCUGAAAAGCCCUGGGAGCACCCUCUACCUUGGCUCCCAGAUCUCCAGGGACUCAGCGCAAAUAGAUUUGCCUCUUCCUAAGCAUCUGUGAGCUUGGGCCAUAUUUAACAAAUUGGGAAUGGGUUUGGGAUAUUACUGCAAUGUGUAGUGGUUGUAUUGGGGGUGGGAGGGAGGAGGGGGGUGGGAAUGAUUUGGGAGAGUGGUUGCUGUUAGUAUUAUCUUGUUCUGUCUGUUGGGUGACAUGUGAAAUACUGUUUAUAGACCUGAUGAGUUGUGGGAUUAGCUGUCAUCUCUGGCUAUGCUGUGUAGACCAUACUUAUGUGUGGAGUGUGCAAGCUUGUGGGGUUGAGCCCUGGGCUCACAGAGGCAGCAAGGUCAGCACCGUGUGGCUGGUCGUGCCUCAGCUGUCCCCAGCGUACGUGGGAGUGGUGGGCCCAGGUUGGACCAUUGAGCAGACCAAAUAAAUUAAGCAGUUAACAUAACUGA